GACAACAACAUGGAUACGGCACCAGUAUUUCAAUCAAGUUUCUCUAUACGAUCGCUCCUAUCGCCAACACAGUCGAAGGAUAAAGACGGCAACGAGGACCACAAGUACUAUGAGCCACAAAGAGAGCCAGCCGGCAGUCCAGUCAGUGAUUCCUGCAAUAGUUCCGAAGACAUCUCAUCGGAUGAGGGUAAAAGCGAUGGCUCGAAUAACUCGGCGCAUACGGUUCAUACCAAAAGCGACACAAAACCAGCCUUCACCUACAGUGCUUUGAUUGUGAUGGCCAUUCGAAGUAGCCCAGAGAAGCGUCUGACCUUAAGUGGCAUAUGCAAAUGGAUUGCCGAUAAUUUUGCCUACUAUCAGAAUCAUAAAAGUGUCUGGCAGAACUCAAUACGUCACAACUUGAGUCUGAAUCCUUGCUUUGUGCGUGUUCCUCGAGCUCUGGAUGAUCCUGGACGUGGCCAUUAUUGGGCACUGGAUCCUUAUGCUGAGGAUUUGACAAUUGGUGAGACAACUGGACGUCUUAGACGCAAUCAUACGGCUCAACAUCUGUUGGGUAGAGGCUCAAAGGUGGCAACCAGCAAGGGUUAUGUUCAUCCAUAUCAGCAGUUGCACGACAACAGCAACAGCAGCAGCAGCAACAUAACUAUUAUCACCAUCAGCAACAUGAGCAAUAUGCCACGACUUAUACCAACAAUUGGAUGCGGCAAUCUAUUGAUUGUUUGUGGCAUUAGAAGUCAUCCAUCAUCCAUUUUGGCGUAG